CCCCCAGUGGAAGAGGCUGGUGACGGAUUUCAAGAUCGUGCAGUUCGUAUUCAGCUUCUGUAUCUCCGGGAUGAUGCUGUAAUACCAUUUAGCCGGCAGCGGGUGCUCUGGUAUGUGGGGGUGGUGCUUCAAUGUCGUUUUCAAUGCUUCGCUUCUGGCCCUUUUUGUUGA